AGGAGGCGGAGCCAUGGACCUCAAGCCGCCGGAGGGAAGAGGGAAGAGGCCAACAAAGGGCGCCGAUGCCGCUUCCCUCCCUUUGCAAGAGGCACAAACACAGGGCUGCCCAAGGCGUCUUCCCCUCUGAUGUCUUCCUCCGGCCCUUUCCUCUUCCGGGGCUCUCCCGCCCUUUUCCCCCUCCGCCAGCCCGGAUUCUAGAUGUAUGAUGUCUUUCCAUUCUGGACGAGGGUGUCCUCGAGGCCGAGGGGGAACAGCAAUGAGAGCAUCAAUCCAAACCUUCCGUCCCCAAAACUUAAGGCAGCUUCAUCCUCAACAGUCACCGGUACAGUAUCAGUAUGACCAGCAAAAUGCGACCCCUUCUACCUAUGUGAGUCCUCCAUCUACAACCUAUGUACCUCCUAGGCCGGAUUUUGUCCCGUAUCCACCUCCUAUCCCUCCGUCACCACAGAAUACCAUCGCCCAGUGCCCUCUGAGGCCACCUUUUGGAGGUCAUCAAGUGAGGCAAACUUUUCCUCUCCCGCCUUGCUUCCCCCCAGUUCCACCCCCAGUCCCAAAUCCUGGUAACCCUCCCUCGCUUGGGGUAGCAAAUGUGGCGGGGCAGAACACAUUUCCUUAUAUGAUGCCACCUCCUUCCUUACCACAUCCUGUGCCACCACCAAUAAUGCCUCAACCGGUUAAUUAUCAGCCUAUCUACUCUCCAGCCUACUCCCAGCAGACGUUUCCCCCUCCGAAUUUCAGUAGCUUCCAGCACAACACAAGCUCUUACCAGAGCAAUAGUGCAAAUGCGAACAACCCUGGAAACAGCAACAAUAAUUUCCGGCAUCCAAGUCAGUAUUCGGUGGAAAAGUCACAGCCUGAAAGGAGGUCUCCAGAGAGGACUAAGCACUAUGAUGAACAUCGCCACCGGGACUAUAGUCACAGUCAUGGAGAACGACACCGCUCAGCUAGUCAUGGCGAUCGACGGGAUCGAGGGAGGAGCCCAGACAGACGGCGCCAAGAGAGCAGUCGGCACAGGUCGGAUUACAUGAGAGGACGGACACCACCUCGCCAUAGGAGUUAUGAAUUGUACAGGGACCGACAAAGAGAAAGACAUCGUCAUCGUGACAGCCGACAGUCGCCAUCUACAGAAAGGUCCUAUAGAAAAGAUCACAAGAGGACAGGAAGUCGAUCUCCCAGUGAAGACCGAAAGAGACCUCGCUGGGAAGAGGAGAGGGAGCGUUGGUCAGAAAAUGCCACCAGGGAGAAGAAUUACACCUCUAUCAAGGACAAAGACCCAGAUGAGGCUUCCAUUGAGAAGAAUGAGGAGGAAGAUGAGGACCUCUUGAAACCAGUGUGGAUUCGCUGCACCCACUCGGAAAGCUACUUUUCAAGUGAUCCCAUGGAUCAAAUGGGAGAUUCCUCAGUGGUCGGAACGAGCCGCCUCAGAGAUUUAUAUGAAAAAUUUGAAGAGGAGUUAGGGAAGCGUCAGGCUAAGGCCAAAGCUGCCAGGCCACCGUGGGAGCCACCCAAAACCAAACUGGAUGAAGAUGUGGGGAGUUCCAGUGACUCUGAAUGUGACUCGGAGGAUGACAGCUGUUCUAGCAGCUCGGACUCAGAGGUUUUUGAUGUCAUCGCUGAAAUUAAGCGCAAGAAGGCACACCCAGAUCGCCUCCAUGAGGAGCUGUGGUACAAUGAUCCUGGACAGAUGAAUGAUGGGCCUCUAUGCAAAUGCAGCGCUAAAGCUAGACGGACAGGAAUAAGACAUGGGAUCUACCCAGGAGAAGAGCCUAUUAAGCCCUGUCGGCCCAUGACCAACAAUGCUGGAAAGCUGUUCCACUAUCGCAUUACGGUGUCACCGCCUACAAACUUCUUAACUGACCGACCAACUGUAAUAGAGUAUGAUGACCAUGAAUAUAUCUUUGAAGGGUUUUCCAUGUUGGCACAUGCUCCGCUCACCAACAUUCCUCUGUGUAAAGUAAUCAGAUUUAACAUCGAUUAUACAAUUCAUUUCAUCGAAGAGAUGAUGCCCGAAAAUUUUUGUGUAAGAGGGCUGGAGUUAUUCUCUUCCUAUUUGUUCAGAGAUGUUCUGGAACUGUAUGACUGGAACCUGAUAGGUCCCCCAUUAGAAGACAAUGAAACUUCAUGUCCCCGAUUUCAUUUCAUGCCUCGCUUUGUAAGGUUUCUUCCAGAUGGAGGGAAGGAAGUGUUGUCUAUGCAUCAGAUUCUUCUGUAUUUGCUACGAUGCAAUAAACCAUUGGUUCCGGAAGAAGAGAUUGCCAAUAUGCUUCAAUGGGAGGAGCUGGAGUGGCAGAAAUAUGCAGAGGAAUGCAAAGGAAUGAUCGUGACCAGCUCCGGAAUGAAGCCCAGCUCGGUUCGUAUUGAUCAGUUGGAUCGUGAGCAGUUCAACCCUGAUGUGAUUACUUUCCCCAUUAUUGUCCACUUCGGGAUAAGACCUGCACAGCUCAGUUACGCUGGAGACCCGCAGUACCAGAAACUCUGGAAGAGUUAUGUGAAGCUGCGUCACCUGUUGGCUAACAGCCCCAAAGUGAAGCAGGCAGAUAAGCAGAAACUGGUACAAAGAGAGGAAGCAUUGCAGAAGAUCAGGCAAAAAAACACCAUGCGACGUGAAGUGACGGUUGAGCUGAGCAGCCAAGGAUUCUGGAAAACAGGCAUUCGCUCAGAUGUCUGUCAGCAUGCAAUGAUGCUUCCAGUCCUCACUCACCACAUCCGCUACCAUCAAUGCCUCAUGCAUUUGGAUAAACUGAUUGGCUAUAUAUUUAAAGACCGGUGCUUAUUGCAGCUUGCCAUGACUCAUCCAAGUCACCACUUAAACUUUGGGAUGAAUCCAGACCAUGCAAGAAAUUCCUUAUCCAACUGUGGGAUCCGGCAACCCAAAUAUGGAGAUAGGAAAGUCCAUCACAUGCAUAUGAGGAAGAAAGGCAUAAAUACCUUGAUCAAUAUUAUGUCACGUCUUGGACAAGAUGAUCCAGCCCCUUCAAGAAUUAACCAUAAUGAACGUUUGGAAUUUUUGGGAGACGCAGUGGUUGAAUUUUUAACGAGUGUCCAUUUGUACUACCUGUUUCCAAGCUUAGAGGAAGGAGGCUUGGCAACAUAUCGCACAGCCAUCGUUCAGAAUCAGCACCUUGCUAUGCUGGCUAAGAAGCUGGAAUUGGAUCGGUUUAUGCUUUAUGCUCAUGGGCCUGAUCUUUGCCGAGAAUCAGAUCUUCGCCACGCAAUGGCCAACUGCUUUGAAGCAUUGAUAGGGGCAGUUUACUUAGAAGGAAGUCUUGAAGAAGCCAAGCAACUAUUUGGACGCCUGCUCUUUAACUGCAAGGACCUGCGGGAAGUAUGGCUUAAUUAUCCACUACACCCUCUCCAACUCCAGGAAUCCAAUACUGACCGACAGCUAAUUGAGACCUCUCCCGUCCUCCAGAAAUUGACAGUGUUUGAGGAUGCCAUCGGAGUAACUUUUACUCACGUUCGACUUCUUGCACGGGCUUUCACUUUGAGAACCGUGGGAUUUAACCAUCUGACUCUGGGUCACAAUCAGAGGAUGGAAUUCCUGGGGGAUUCCAUCAUGCAGUUAGUAGCCACUGAAUACUUAUUCAUACAUUUCCCAGAUCAUCAUGAAGGCCACCUGACGCUGUUGCGGAGCUCCCUGGUCAACAACAGGACACAGGCCAAAGUGGCAGAAGAACUGGGCAUGCAAGAAUUCGCCAUCACUAAUGACAAAACCAAGCGACCUGUAGCCUUGCGAACAAAGACACUAGCAGAUCUUUUGGAAUCCUUUAUUGCUGCUCUGUACAUAGACAAGGACCUGGAGUAUGUCCACACCUUCAUGAACGUCUGCUUCUUUCCACGACUAAAAGAGUUCAUUCUAAACCAAGACUGGAAUGAUCCAAAGUCCCAGCUGCAGCAGUGCUGCUUAACUCUCCGCACAGAAGGGAAAGAGCCAGACAUCCCACUCUAUAAGACUCUGCAAACAGUGGGACCUUCUCAUGCCAGGACAUAUACUGUAGCUGUGUAUUUCAAGGGCGAAAGGAUAGGAUGUGGUAAAGGACCAAGUAUUCAGCAAGCGGAGAUGUGUGCGGCAAUGGAUGCUCUGGAAAAAUAUAACUUUCCUCAGAUGGCCCAUCAGAAACGGUUCAUUGAACGGAAGUACAGACAAGAGCUUAAAGAAAUGAGAUGGGAAAGAGAACAUCAGGAAAGGGAGCCGGAGGAGUCGGAAGACAUACGGAAAUAAAAGAAAGCAGUGGAAGCAAUGGCAUAUUUGCUUACCUAAUAACUUCCAUGGUGGCCUAUGGAGACCUAACCUGGUUUAAUGUAAAUGAAUGAAUGAAGUGUCAUCAUUGAAUCAUGUUUCAUUUUGACUUGUAUUUUUCCCCACAGAAUGGAUUUUGUUUCAUUUUAAUUAUGCAUUUUUAUUCAUAGUGUUUGAAAAGAAAUAACUUCUUUUAAUAUUCCUGGCAAGGAGUUAAUGGCUUUGUUUUUUCUAACAUGUGGCAGCACAUAUACUGUUAAAGAAUAAAGGAUUCUAUUUAAGAAAUAGGAACAUUUUAAAAAGAAGACGAAA